CGCUAAUUUAUUUGCUACUUACGACCCGAAAUACCUGUUAUACAGCCAGAUGCUCCUCCUCAAGCACCGUUCAUGAAGCUUCCGGUCUUGUUGCCAGCCGUUCAUUGCAGAUACAAUCCCCUACUCCUGAAGAUUCCAAUGAACAAUAUUUCCUUAAUACUUCCCAAACACACCUGCCGGAUGUAUCAAAUACUGUGCAGUUACCCCCAGAAGUGGAGGUAACUCUGAUGAAUGACGGGCGUUUGGUAGAUACUGGAACCGACAACACGGUCAUCUUCAGGACGGGCCUUAGGCAGGAUGAAGGGCGGGGUUCGCUUGAAAACAUUCCUGUAUCUGGUCUUUUUUCCAACGGCACUACAAUGGGGCCAUUGCGUAAGUUGACUUUUUAA